AGCACGUUGGAGCCGUUGGAGAGCGACUCUCAGGCGUCUGCCACUUUCACCAACGCCACUGGGUGACUGGGACACCGCUAGGAUCGCGACCAGCGACAGCAUGACACUUCUAUGACGUCAUCAAGCGGAAAUUGAGGGACCACUGCGGAGUACUUCUGCGAAGUGCAGGCGUAGUGCAGGUACUAAGGAGCAGGUACGGUGUGGGCGAAGUCGGCCAAAGCUAGCGAAAGCCGCCGCCGCUGCCGCCUGCCGCUGCCGCUACUGCACGCUACGGCGCUACUGUCACCACUGCCACCUACAACCAGUACAACGAUCGAGCUAUCCACAGCUCUACCAGCCCUACAGCCUACAGCGUCCGCCACGGCCGCCACAGUCGCCGCAGCUUCCAGUGUGCUGCGCUAGCCUCGUCACCAGAGGCCUCGUCAACCUCGCCGGUCUUGCCUUUGUCCCGCGCGUCGGCGUCGUUGGGUGAUACGACGAGUGCCAUGGGCGAUCGCGGUGUGAACGUGCCGCCGAACUCGGCCCCGUUGGUGGACCGCUGGCCGGAAAGCCGGGGUCCCGGCCGAGACGUCAAGCCGCCGAUGCCGCAGCAGCAGCAGCAGCAGCAGCCCCGCUGGGAGCGACCGCGGGGCCAGAUGCCGGCGUCGAUGGACCCGGUGCUCGAGCAGCUCUCCUACCUCCGCGGGCCGUCCACCGGCCUCGAGACUCGAACCGUGGUCGAGCCUAAGAAGUUCACGGGCCGCUGCCGCCUCUUCGUCGGGAACCUGCCGAGCAACUUCACCGAGGAUCAGUUCCGAAAGCUCUUCGAGGACUACGGAGAGGUGGCCGAGAUCUUCCUCAACACGUCAAAGGGGUUCGGCUUCGUCAAACUGGACACCCGGCAGAAUGCGGAGGCGGCCAAGGCGGCGCUCGACUUCCUGCCGAUGCAGCAGAACCAGCAGAAGCCGCUGCGCGUGCGGUUCGCCACUCACGGCGCCGCGCUCCGCGUCAAAAACUUCAGCCAGUGGGUGACCAACGAGCUGCUCGAGAUGGCCUUCUCGGUGUUCGGCGAAGUGGAGCGCGCCGUCGUGAUCGUCGACGACCGCGGCCGCUCCGUGGGCGAGGGCAUCGUGGAGUUUUCUCGCAAGCAGGCUGCCCAGCAGGCGCUCAAGCGCUGUCUCGACGAGUGCUUCCUUCUCACCAGCACCCCACGCCCCGUGGUGGUGGAGCCCCUGGAGCAGCGUGACGAGGACGAUGGCCUCCCCGAGAUGAACUUCCAGCCGGGCAACAAGCAGUUCCACAAGGAGCGGGAGGCCGGGCCCCGGCUGGCCGAGCCGGGCUCCUUCGAACAUGAGUUUGCCAUGCGGUGGAAGAAGCUGUACGAAGCCGAGCGGCUGCGCAAGGAGCAGCUGGAGCAGGACGUUCUCGGCUGCAGGCGCACCCUGGAGGACCAGAUGGAGGUGUACCUGUACGAGCAUGAGGCCAACAUGCUCCGAGAGAAGCUGCGAAGAAUGGAGGAACAGAGCACCCUGAUGGCCAGGGAGCGCGAGAUGAGGAGGGAGGAGGAGCGGCGGCGCGAGGAAGAGCGGCGCCGCCGGGAGGAGGCGCUCUACCAGCAGCAGCGCCAGCGAGAAGAGGAGGAGCUGCUUGCCCGGCGCCGUCAGGAGGAGGAGUUUCGGGGUGCCCCGCCCCCUCCCCCACCACCGGGGCUCCUGGCCAUGGGCGGGUGGGACAGCUCCGCCCCUCGUGCUGCCCCCAACAUAGGAGCUUACGAAGGAGGCUACCGCGACGGGCUGCCACCUGGCGCAGCCACCGGCGUGGCCUUGUAUCUCGCUGCCCUGGAGUCGGGCCGUUAGCUUUGCAACAGCACGACCAAGGAGCGAACAGGGAACCGACGACAGCAACUUAUUGUCGAAAGAGGGCUGCUGCAGCAUGUGCGUAUUGCGGGUUGAGGUGGCUGCCCCCUUGCCGGGACAGUCUUAACAUUUAAUGGUAACGGACACAUUGUAAAAAGACUCUCGAAGGAGUGUGCGUCGAUGCAAAAGUGCCAGCGUCGGAAGACGCAACCUCUGCUAGUGUCAAGAAGUUGCUUUUGAAGAGCAUUUACAAUGUUUAUCUCGACCUCCGAAUCUGGGAAGCGUUUGACGUGUUGCAACCUGUGUGCUUCGCCUGUUUCCUGCAGAUUGCGUCCGUGCUCCAUUUUCUAUAUGCUCUUUGCUCUCGUUAUUAAGUUUUGGGAGGGGGGGGGGGGGGAGGGAAUGUGCGAACACAGUAUGACAAGGUUGAGGUGGAAUGGUUUGUAAUGGUCCGGCAUCACUUUUGUGAAGUGCCUUCUGCGGAAGGUUCACUUGCAUACCACGAAACCCUUGUGGUGGGCCUGUGAUUCAAAUCGGCUUGGUCACCACGUCACCAAUUGAGUGGGAUUGGUGUUUCCCUUAGUAUCUAUAGGCUAUCUUAUAGGGGUAUCUUUAAGCAGUCACUUGUACAAUGUCACCCUUGUGACAUUGAUGGUCUUUCCUACAGGAAAGGCUUUGAAAGUCUCGUAAUAUUUGGAAGUUCUGAAUAUUUGGAAGUUCUGUAAUAUGCUUGCAUGCUUAUUUCUGUCUUGCUGGCUGCUCACUUACUCCAUGCUCUUUGUACUAAUUUUUUCAUGUCUUUGUCUUUUCAUCUGCAUGUAGAUUUAUGCUCCAAUGUGCACUGAUAGUGUGAACCAUGUCUUUCAAUAGUGAUGCAUCACACUACCGUACAAUAAACGAAAACUGUAUUGCACUUAAUUUUGUCAUUGUCAGACGUAGACUGAAGAGGAGUCACAUUUUUAGAAGGCCGUCUGUCGCUAUUUGACACUUGUCUGUUGUGACCUGAAUGAAGGCCACCUACUGGUGAUGUAUCUUUUACCCCAGUGGUCCUCAACCACUGAUGUUUUGGAGACCCCUUCUGGAUAAGUGGAAAUGAUGGGGGAUUCCAUCCAAAGGGAGGAGGGUGGAUAAUAGACAAUUACAAUGACAAAGGGGUAAAUAAAAAUAAAUCAUGCAAGCCAACUUUUAAGGUCUGAAACAUAGACUAAUCAGCCCUACUCAUUCACUGCACAAACACAAGAAUCGGCAUCAAUUUUAAAAGUAUAUAUAUUUUAUUGCUCGGUUGAGGGAUUUGGGAACCCUAAGAAAACCUUCGGGAACCCCAAAGGGUUUGCGGACCUCCGUUUGUGGACCACUGCUCUACCCACUGGAUGAGUGCUAUGCUGGACAGAUAACUGGGGUUGGGGAAGUCUUAGCUGAAGACGCAAAUGCAUCAGUGAGGUUCACCCAAGCUUGUCAGUGGACCAAAUUCUUUGAAGGUAAACUCGAGAGUAUCCUGGGACAAGAUUGACACUUAAUGGACGGCACAAAAUUAAAGUAAGUGAGGACACCUUUGCUGCCCUUGGGUCCUGAUAUACAAAGUCUCCAGGAAUGAGGCAGGGGUGAAUGUGGUGGUUGAAUGAAGGUUAAUGAAAAGAUAUUUUCCCAAAGGCAUCUCAACAUGGUAUGCCCAUGGAAUUCGCCACGCAAUGCUAAAGAUUCAGUCACCAACAUCAAAAUCAAAAGUCUGAAGUGAGAUGGCCAUAGCCCUUUGCGGAGCACUGAGAUACGAGGUGCACCAAUUCAAAAAUCUGAAAAAUAGUUUUUUUAGGUCGAUAGAUUGGCAAUAACUGAAGGGUUGUCCAAGGUGAACAGAUGGAGCUGCAGAUCCGCUCGACUUGUCCACCCUUGACUGUUCAAAAAAGUACCUUUAGUUGCACAGCAGUGUGCAUGUUUUUGGUAAUCUCGGAAAGAUUCUUACACUAGUAUGUUGGAAAUGCCAAGGUUUUGCUUGCAAACUUUGGUAUUUUAUUGAUAUUGGCUCGUGUAAUCUCCAUACGAUGAAUCUACCGCCAAAACACCCUUUGCGCAACACCUGUACGGUCCUGCAUUCAACCUCCAAUUCACGAGGAUUGUUUCGUGUGCAACUCGUUGCUCCAGGCACAUCACGGUUCCCGUCUCCCAAUUUACCUUUGCCGGUCAUCCUACAGUGCACUCGGGGUGGAAUUUAUUGGCACGUCUCAUUUGUGACUGCGGAGGCCAGGAAGGACCUCGCAUUUAUUGAGCCGUCGGCGUUGUACAGAGGAACACUUGCCGAACGGACCACUGAGUCUGUCUAUAGUCACCGACAAAUAAAAAAUGACGGUGGGGUCAUCUUUUUCUUUUUUUCUGAACGCCCAACCUUUAGCACGCACUCACUGCAUUUUGUGUGGCCUUGGCUGCACACACGCUCAGGGUGAACAGUACGCUGAAGCGUUGUUGAAGGUGAAAAGGUGGAAAAACUGAAACUCCUCCCUGCCCUACCCACCUUGUCAGCGACGAUAGCGCCAUCGCACACUUGUUAGUGCCUGUCCCUCUGCACUUGCAUGUGCAAGCUAAUAAGCAGUGUGCAGAUUUGUGGAGUUUGCCUUGCUUGGCAUGGCUACCCUUGCUUUGCUGAACAGCUUGCUUCUCUUCCCAAAGGGUGUUCAUCCAGAAAGCGAAAAGUGGAAGGACAAGUUUACUAGAGUGCUCGUUACUUCUUCUGGAUAAAGCAUGAGCAUAUUUGUUGUGUCCGUUCUCAAAUGUUGUGUGGGUCAGACUUCUGCCCAAGAGUCAAUACGAGAGUCGAAUUUUUCGCUGAAGCAAGAGGUCUGUAGAUAUUUGAAGCUUUGAAUAGUUCACGAAUGUGUUUGCCACUCAAUUAAAUUCACAGUGCUCUUUUACUGUAAAUUAUUAAGUUUUUGGAACUUUCUAAAUUACAAAUAAUAUCUUCAAAAUUCCUUGAUUUCCUUUCUCAAACUCCACCGCUUUGCACCGGCGUGGUAGAAGAACCGGCUGAUAUGUUGGGGCAUCUUGUUGACUCUAAAAUUUGGCUAAUUUUGUAUGUCAACCCUCCUUUAGAGGAGUCUUUUCUUGAAAAAAAAAAUUUCCAGCUAUGGUCAUAAAUAUAAGAUAUUUGGAUUUGAUGAUUAGCAGUCUAAUAUUAAUAUUCAUAUUAGAUUCACUGUCAAAAAUUUUAUAUUCAUACACCUCUAGCUGAAUUCCACAAGUUAGCCCUGUCAAAAGAAUCAUCCUGGGCCAGCCAAACCGAACCUUUCGCCUAUAAAAGAAAAUGUCAUCCUUUUCAGAGACAAUGUAGACUAAGCUGUAAAAUUGCACUCAGUUAGAAGUCAUCAUUGAUAGAAUAAACAGAGAACCACCUCUACUUCGUAUUUCUUGGCGUGCUUGUCUUGUUAUAACUCUGCUUGCGUCAACUUUGCUUCAAUUUGGAAACCCUAGUCAAUCUUCAUAAUGCCAGAAAAACCAGUACAGUAAAACUUCUAGCUGGUAGUCUCAUAUAGCACAAAUUUCAAUUGGUGAAACUGAUUUUACUUACAACAUUCAAUUUAGCUACGCCUCUACCAACUGCACCACAUGCACACUGUUGUAUUCAAUGUAAGAGUGCAUCCUAUUUUAAAACGCACACUGGAAGUGCAUUGCCCUGCUCCUCUCCACGCCACGCUACACUUUUCUGCACCGGUGUAGAUUGGUGCAGGUAAAUCGUAAGAGCCAACUGUAGAGAAGUUCCUGCAGCACUAACAGCCUGUUCACACAGCAUCGUUUGCUUCCGUCGUCGGAAGUUGCCGAGACAUCCGUGCUUCGAAUGAAGCGUGGCAGUCAAUUCAAGGGCUAGCUUUGCAUGUGGCACGCGGAACACGGACGUCCUGGUGAGUCGUAAUGUAAUGUGAGACAGGAGACACGUGAGUGAUAAAAGCGGGCGCUGUGCGACAGUAUUGUAGCAACUGGUGCUGGCGUCCCUACGUCACUUCAGUGCAGUGCUCCGAUCUGGUCGACAAAAUAAUGCCGCACGGUACGCCUGUGAUGCACCUAACGGCGAGUGCCGCGCGGCACCCAGUUUCACUGCUCAUGUGUUCCACUACCUGGGAAUGUCAACUUUUGAACCGCUCACUCAAGCGGCGCGGUAUUUGCAGGUGGUAUUUGUAGCCAUAGAGAAGGAGGGCAUGCAAAGUUUCAGCCCUGUGAACCAGUUUUAUGAGGUGCUAUACCCCCCAGAACGAAGUAAAGCACGGAAUCUGCUGACUGGAUCUAUCGUUGAGAAAUGGUGUUGAUAACCACAUAAUUUUCUGGUGGAAUGCCUACUUGAAUGCCUGUUGCCGGUUACUAUGAAAAGAAAUUUCAGACAAUAUGCAAUUUUCAGGUUAAUAAGUGUAUGAGAAAAAAUUUUUUCACAUUUACUAAGUUUUGCAAAUUACUAUUUUUCGUAAUAAAGGAGCAUAAAAAUAAAAAAAUCUAAGUUUGUGACUGUUUCUAUAAAAUUUCUAUAUAUAAGCUGCAAAAAUUAAGUUUCGAUAGUUUAACCCUGCAAUGAUAGGUUUUAUUAAGUGAAAUUUAUGCCAAAAAGUGGAACGGAGAAAAUUGCCUUCAAUGUGCUCGAACCUCAACUUUUUCUGAAGCAUCGGUGGACUGAAAAGAAUUUAUAUUAAAUAACUAUGCAGUGUAAACAAAUGAAACUUUCUAGGUAUUCUCACUAGAUGUUGGCAGAUGUAUGGCAUUUUUCAAAAUCAACUUUUCUUUACAGAAAUUUUUUUCCCUGGGUAGUGUCCCCCCUUAUUAAGUUGCUGAAGGCCCUUGUUGUUUUGCUUGGCUUGGCCAGCGCUCUUACCGUGGUGGACGGCCCCCUGGGGUCCGGCCAGCGGCAGUCUCGCUUCGAGCAGGGUCACCCCGGAGUGGGCAGUCCGGGCCAGCAGCAGCCGCAGCCUCAGGGUCCCCCCGGGGCGAUGAAUGGGCAGCGCAGCGCCCCCGUGGGCAUCCGCGACAUGAUGAUGCGCCGGGACGCCCUGGACCGUGGCGACUACGACGUCGACGCCAAGCGGGCCCGCAGAUACUGAAGGCGCCACAUCCUUUCCGGCGUCGUCUGCUGGUGCACCCACAUCAAUGUCUGUGCUGUCCUCCGUCUCGUGUACACAAUAAAGAGGCACCACUGGUGCAGUCGACGUGGAA